AACCCCAUACAUAAGAUUGCUUCAAAGCAACAGCAGCGGCAGUGCAGGAAGAAGACAAAUAUGAAAGCCAAAAAUCUCUCAUGGAUUAACUUACCAGAAAUUCAAGCUGACAACACCUAGUCACCCUCUACCACGCUCCUAUAAAACUGAUAUUCCCGCGUACUUGUUACGCGCUUACCUUGGUUGCCAUUCUACAGACUCCCUCCCUCCCUCAAACUAUAAGAGAAGACCGCUGCAAUUAAUUUCUCAAGGAAGAAGACAACAUGGGCUGUUGUUGUUUUCUGGGUUCUACUCUGUCACUGUUAGUUCUGAUCUUGAAUUUGGGUUUUACAUUGACAAAUGGAUCGUCGUCUUUUUCAUUUUUAUCAUCAUCAUCAGCAGCAGCGGCAAAGAAGUAUGUUUCGGCAAUAGGUGACCCUGGAAUGAAGAAUCCGAAUGUGAGAGUGGCAUUGGAAGCUUGGAACUUCUGCAAUGAAGUUGGUUUUGAAGCUCCUAGUAUGGGCAGCCCAAGGUUGGCUGAUUGUGCUGAUUUGUACUGUCCAGUCACCUCUGAUUCUUUAGGUGCCAAACUUUUGGAUAAUAGGAGCAGGUGUGAAGUGCAUCAUAAAGUGAAGAAUUCUGACAACAGCUUAAGUGCUGGUGAUAAGUUUCCUAUAUCAGAUUUUGAAUCCUAUGAAGACCCUGACUUGUUUGCAGUGCAAAAGGAACUAUAUCUUGCUACUUUAUGUGCAGUUGAUGAACCCCCAAAACCAUGGCAGUUUUGGAUGGUUAUGCUCAAGAAUGGCAACUUUGAUAAAAACACGACUCUUUGUCCUGAAAAUGGAAAGAGAGUCAGUAAAAUAAUAACAGGCAGAAACUUUCCAUGUUUCGGUAAAGGAUGUAUGAAUCAACCACUUGUGUACCAUAACUACUCGCAGUUAGUUUUUUCUGGGGAACAAAUGGUGUCUUUGAGUGGAGGAUAUUUCGGGACAUAUGACCUUGAUGCUGACCUGAGCAAAGGUGUAGGAAACAACUCCUUCUUUUCAGUCUUUUGGCAGAAGAAUUUGAGCACAGGGAGUUGGAUUUUCACCCACAAACUGACAACAUCUGCAAAGUAUCCCUGGCUUAUGUUGUAUCUACGUUCAGAUGCUACCGAGGGAUUUAAUGGUGGCUAUCACUAUAACGGCAGUGGUAUCAUGCGAAAGUUGCCAGAUUCUCCAAACUUUAAAGUAAAGUUGACACUUAACAUUACACGGGGAGGAGGGGGGAACAGUCAAUUUUACCUAAUUGACAUAGGUAGCUGUUGGAAGAAUAAUGGAGAUCCAUGUGAUGGUGAUGUUCUGACAGAUGUGACUAGAUACAGUGAGAUGAUAAUUAACCCAGCGACAUCAAGCUGGUGCCGCCCAGAUAACCAAGUUUCUUGUCCACCUUAUCAUGUUAGUCUGACUGGUGAAAAAAUAUAUAGGAAUGAGACAUCUCGAUUUCCAUAUUCUGCUUACCAUCUGUACUGCAGCCCAGGAAAUGCCAAAUAUCUGGAGAAGCCAUAUGAUAUCUGCGACCCAUAUAGCAAUCCACAAGCACAAGAAUUGGUGCAAAUUCUUCCACAUCGUGAAUGGUCUGUGCAUGGCUAUCCAGAGAAGCAAGGAGAUGGAUGGGUUGGGGACCCUAGGACUUGGGAGCUAGAUACAGGGGCCCUUUCUAGUCGUCUAUACUUCUACCAGGAUCCAGGAACAAAACCAGCACGGCGGGUAUGGUCUUCAAUUAAUGUUGGGACUGAGAUAUACGUUAGCCGGGCAGGGGAAACUGCUGAGUGGACUGUGAGUGAUUUCGAUGUGCUGGUUCCAGAAGAUAUUGCGAAUGAUGGUCAUAGCUCUUACUGAUCUCUUCCAGCCAGUAUGUUGACUCUUCUUCAGGCGAAACACAAGUGAAUACAUUAUAAGGUUAUUUGUUGUAUAUUUGCGUUUGAUAUAUUUUUGGUAAAUGUUACAGAAUACUAUGCUUUCACUUCUUCAAGUUUUGUCCCCUUUUAAUCAGUAAAUGAAGAAAGAUACCCUUCUGCCUUU